CUCUGGAUUCGAGGACCCGCUUGGAUGCUUCCCUUCCGAGCGCCCUCGGAAGAUGGACCGUCAGCCACGCGCAUAAAGACAUCGAGGGGUCACCAGUCUCCAAGGCAGACCCGGAGGGCUGGGCCCGGGCUUCCGCGGAGGAGGAGAUGGCUUCCAGCCCGCUGCCGGGGCCCAGCGACAUCCUGCUGGCCUCCCCUUCCAGCGCCUUCCAGCCCGACGCGCUGAGCCAGCCGCGCCCGGGCCACGCCAACCUCAAACCCAACCAGGUGGGGCAGGUGAUUCUCUACGGCAUUCCCAUCGUGUCGUUGGUGAUCGACGGGCAGGAGCGCCUGUGCCUGGCGCAGAUCUCCAAUACUCUCCUCAAGAACUUCAGCUACAACGAGAUCCACAACCGCCGCGUGGCGCUGGGCAUCACGUGCGUGCAGUGCACGCCGGUGCAGCUGGAGAUCCUGCGGCGCGCCGGGGCCAUGCCCAUCUCAAACAUGAUUACCAAACGCGAGGCCGAGCGCCUGUGCAAGUCCUUCCUGGGCGAGAACAGGCCGCCCAAGCUGCCGGACAACUUCGCCUUCGACGUGUCUCACGAGUGCGCGUGGGGCUGCCGCGGCAGCUUCAUUCCCGCUCGCUACAACAGCUCCCGCGCCAAGUGCAUCAAAUGCAGCUACUGCAACAUGUACUUCUCCCCCAACAAGUUCAUCUUCCACUCCCACCGCACGCCUGACGCCAAGUACACGCAGCCGGAUGCCGCCAACUUCAACUCGUGGCGUCGCCAUCUGAAGCUCACCGACAAGAGCCCCCAGGACGAGCUAGUCUUCGCCUGGGAGGACGUCAAGGCCAUGUUCAACGGCGCCGGCGGCACCAGCUGCAGCUACCCCAGCGAGGACAGCUCCGAGGACGAGGAGGACGAGGAGGAGGAGCAGGAGGUGGACGUGGAGAGCCACAAACCCCCCGAAGGCGAAGAGGAGGAGGAGGAAGGUCGAGACCCCGACGACGACGAGGAGGAAGACGAGGAGACGGGGGUCCUGCUGGGGGACCCCUUAGUCGGGGGCGGCCGGUUCCUUCAGGGCCGAGGGCUGUCGGAGAAGGGGAGCAGCCGGGGCCAGAAAGCGAGCGGCGGCGGCGAUAGCAGCAGCAGCCCGGGCAGCCCGGUCCACCAUCCAUCAUUGGAGGAGCAGCCCUCCUACAAAGAUAAUCAGAAAACUAAGGAAAAUAACCAAGUUAUUUUAUCUACAAAAGAUGACAACUUUUCAGAUAAGAACAAGGAGCACAGCUUUUUCAUCACAGACUCUGAGGCUUCCGGAGGAGAUUUUUGGAGAGAAAGAUCAGGUGAACACACUCAAGAAACAAAUUCACCUCAUUCUCUCAAAAAGGAUGUAGAAAAUAUGGGGAAAGAAGAACUUCAGAAGGUUUUAUUUGAACAAAUAGAUUUACGGAGACGACUGGAACAAGAAUUCCAAGUGUUAAAAGGAAAUACAUCUUUCCCAGUAUUCAAUAAUUUCCAGGACCAGAUGAAAAGGGAACUAGCCUACCGAGAAGAAAUGGUGCAACAGCUACAAAUUAUCCCCUAUGCAGCAAGCUUGAUCAGGAAAGAAAAGCUUGGUGCCCAUCUCAGCAAAAGUUAAACGGUGCACAGAACCACUUACUCUUGUUCUCUUGUAAGAUACAGCCUGCCACUGAGCACUUCCGACCCACACAAAGACUGCGAUUGAAAGGGCUUGGGAAUCAAAUAGAAAAUCAGGUUCAGGAGAACCCAAGGACAAGUGACCUCAAAGCCGCAUGGACAACCAUGUAAGAUAGACUGUGGCGGCCGUUCGUUAGUGGGGGGAGGGGGAGCCAACCAGAGCCGUCAACGCUUGUCGCAUAUUUUGGUGGAACCAAAGUUUGAGUCUUUGUGUUUUUAAAGGCCAACUGAACCCAGAGCGUUGGGAGUGCUGUUAGCCAACCAGGGUGGGAAAUUCAUGGACGGUCCCAAGUGAGCUCAGUGUUGCACACGUGGAGAGGGCAGCUCUAAAGACUGUCUGUAACUUUUGAAGAAGUGAUUCUUUGUGGAAAGAAAACACAAAACCUGUCCUUGGAGUGGGGGGUCACGUUUCGACAGCUAGGAUGGCAUCAGCCGUGUAAACUGCUUUUCAUAGCAAACUGGACGGACUUUCACGUGGCCCCUUCCUCUCUGGUACUUUGCCUGCUGUAUGAAUGCAGAUUGUAUUCCUCUGGAAAUAUUUUACAGUUUAAUAUUGAGUGUAAUUAAGAAUAUAAUCAUGUUAUCAAAAAUGGUAUUUAACUCUGUUGUAGUUUCUUUAACAUUCAU